CACAAGAAGGAUUUUUCUGUUGUUGCUGCUCUGCCCAAUAACUUAGCACAAGAUAUCACUAAAAGAGCAGAGAGAAAGAAACUAGUUCAGUAACCUACCAAUAGUCCUACUAUGGUAUAGUGACAUCAAAGGCACUUAGACAAUUUGAAGACCCUCAGAAUCCUGUUGCUGCAACUUCAGCUCGGAUUUACACAGGUUAGAUGAAGGAAUAGCUGAGGAAUAUUCAUAAGCCACACAAUUUGCUUGUUCUGAAGAAGCAUAUGUGCCUUAAAUACUUCGAUGAGAAACAUGGCCAGUUCAAAUACAGAGCAAAUCCUAAAGUGCUUUUUUGGACUCAUAGUGGCUAUACUGAUUUUCCAUAUGCGUGAUGUGGAAUCAAAUGAAAGCUUCUCUUUUUCAAAUGAAAGCUCACCUUAUGUGUUGGAUUUGACAGAUUCGAACACAGAAUAUUUGGCUGAAAUUGAGAUUAAUGCAUCUAGCAUCUCUGUGAUCAAUUACAUAAAGAAUUACCUGAAGAGUGUUCCAAAAAAUUUUACAAUUGGCGAUGUGACAAUAUUUGACAUAAGCUUCACAACAGUGUGUGACUUAGUUGACACUGGGUACCAGUGCACAUGUGAGGAUCAGUAUUGGUGGUCGUGUAAUAUGUGUAAAAUACAUGGGAACUGUAGCUCUACUAAUGACACAUGCAGCUGUAUCAACGCUUAUGUUGAUGGACAGUACUGUCGGCCAGUUGGUGAGAUUGAAGAUAGGACAGCAUGCAUGAAUGUACCGUCAGAUACAACAACAGCAAAAACAACAACUGCAGUAUCAACUUCCCCAACAUCAGCUGCUCCCUAUUCGAACACGGAAUAUUUGGCUGAAAUUGAGAUUAAUGCAUCUAGCAUCUCUGUGAUCAAUUACAUAAAGAAUUACCUGAAGAACGUUCAAAAGAAUUUUACAAUUGGCGAUGUGACAAUAUUUGACAUACGUGUCACAACAGUGUGUGACUUAGUUGACACUGGGUACCAGUGCACAUGUGAGGAUCAGUAUUGGUGGUCGUGUAAUAUGUGUAAAAAACAUGGGAACUGUAGCUCUACUAAUGACACAUGCAGCUGUAUCAACGCUUAUGUUGAUGGACAGUACUGUCGGCCAGUUGGUGAGAUUGAAGAUAGGACAGCAUGCAUGAAUGUACCGUCAGACACAACAGUAGCAAAGACAACAACUGCAGUAUCAACUUCCAGAACAUCAAAUGCUCCCUCAGAAACAUCAACAACAAAUACAUCAACUACAGCAGCAGCAUCCCCAGCAACCCCCUCAACAUCAUAUGGUCCCUACACAACAGCAGCAAAGACAACAACUGCAGUAUCAACUUUCAGAACAUCAGAUGCUCCCUCAACACUUGUGUAUGACAAAGUCAUUAGCCUGUCAUUGAUAAUGGAGGAUUUGUUUGAUACCAGCCUCACCAAACCUGAUGGUGAGAAUUACAAAAAAAAAACUGGAACAAUUCAGUCGGCAUUUGAACAAGGUUAUGAAAAGUUAUCUAACUACAAAAAAGGUUCAGCAAAAAUCUUUCGUUUCAGGUCUGGUAGUGUUAUAGCAGACUACACCAUCAAUGCAUCCGACAACAACCUGGAUUUAUCAUCUGCAAACACACAGGUCACUAAAACUCUCGAAGAGGCUGGAAUCAAGCUGACUCAGAAUGCUUUUGUGGAAAGUGUGGAAAAGAAUUUGACAAUGAAAGAUAACUAUUAUCCUGGGCAAAGUAUGGAACUGAGGUGUACACGUACACCAGAAACAGUUCAGGGAACAAUGAAAUGGAUAGUAAAUGGCAAAGAUCCUGCAGAAAACAAAGCAAAAUACAACAUAACAAAUGACAAUAGCACUCUCACAGUGAAAGAUGUUAAUGAAAGUGACAAUGGUAGAUACUCAUGUAUCAUUGAAAGAAUCACGAUACCAUAUGUCCAGUGGCAGAAUGUAGUUAUUCAACUACGCCCGAAUAUCAUAGUGGAUAGUACUGAAAAAACGUAUGGAUGUUCAGAUCAGACCGUUCCACUGACAGAUCAGACCGUUCCACUGAGAUGCUGUGCUGAAGGCUACGAAAUCGAGUGGUACCCGAUUCCUUCUAACGAUACAGUGGAACCAGAGUCUGGCUGCAUUACAUUACAACAUAAAAUCUUGAGCACAAGUUGUGGGACACCUGAAAACUUCACAUGUCGACUAAAGAACAAGAAAGAAUUGGAAAUAUUUGAUUAUUACAAGACCAAUACCAAAGUUCAAACAGUAAGAGAUUUUAGCUGUACAAAUGUAACACUUGGAGUUGGAAAGAUAGAUGACAUUGUGACGGGACUGUGUGAAAAAGGCCUGGAGGGUAUCAUAACUUAUAAAUGUCAAGAGAUAAACUUAAAAAAUGAUUGGAUAUCUAUAAAGAGAGAAUGUGUGGUUAAAGCUAUCAAAGACCUUGAGAGGAAAGCUGAGGUCUUGGUUGUGGAGCAGAUUCCAGCGUUUGUAGCAAAACUGAGUAACACUGCAGAGAACUUAACUACUGAGAUAUCACGAUCUGCUGCAACUGUCCAAACAAUUGUUGAGAUGCUUGUUAAAGUUGCUGAUAUCUCACAAACUGUUACCAUUGAUGAAAAUGUGAUGAAGGAUUUCCUUCGAACAGUGAACAUUAUUGUGUCAGAUAACACCCUAUCAGCAUGGCAAAAUAUAACAAAAAAUGACACAACAGCAAAAAGCAGCACAGACCUUCUGCGAGCUAUAGAGAAUAUAAGUGAUCGCCUCUCAGGUGACAAUUUUUCCAUCCAGGAAUCGUCCAUUCAGUUGACAAGAGCAACAAUAAGAAGCAAAUUCACCGAAACAUCUAAACUACCCAAUUCAACGACUCAGGUUGUGAUACCAAUUGUUGUUAAGCCGACUCUUGUUACAGUUAUCUUCUUAACCAAGAUUGACCAAAUUCUCCCCACACGUGAUACUAAAAAUGACAACAGUGUGUCAGAAAAACGCAUUAAUGGAGACGUGGUUGUAAUUAAGGUUAACGAAACAAUUAAUAACAUUUCAUUUGCUUUUGACAUUACAAAUACAUCAUUAGGAAAUCCACAGUGUGUCUUUUGGAACUUUACUCUUGACCACUGGGAUUCAACCGGAUGCAAAGUCAAGAUAACAGGGAAUGAAAUUAACAAUGUUACAUGUGAAUGCGACCACACAACCUCUUUUUCAAUUCUUAUGUCACCGUAUGGAAAUCUUCAUCCUAUAUUAGACUACAUAACAUACAUCGGAGUUGCUAUUUCAAUAGCCUGCUUGAUUUUGUGUCUUAUUAUUGAGACAAUUAUAUGGAAGUCAGUGACAAGGAAUAACACGUCACACAUGCGACACGUCUCAAUAGUCAACAUCGCUGUUUCUCUGCUGAUUGCUGAUAUCUGGUUCAUCAUUGGAGCCUCAAUCUUAAAUCCAGGACAACCUACACCAGUGAACCCCUGCAGUGCAGCGGUUUUCUUCAUGCACUUUUUCUAUCUGGCUCUUUUCUUCUGGAUGUUCAUUUCAGCACUUUUGCUCCUUUAUCGCACUGUCAUGGUCUUUUCUCAAAUGUCAAGGACUAAAAUGAUGGCCAUUGGCUUUACAGUUGGUUAUGGUGCGCCUUUGCUCAUAGCGGUUAUUACUGUUGCAUCCACAGCUGGAGCUGGUGGAUAUAUUUGGACAAGAGAUGCAUGUUGGCUGAACUGGAACGAAUCUAAAGCCCUGCUGGCAUUUGUGAUUCCGGCUCUGACUAUUGUCGCCUUUAACAUCAUGGUGGUGGUUGUAGUUGUGUAUAAGAUGUUAAGAAGAGGUGCUGGGUCUACACCUCAGCCAGAUGAGAAACAUGUUCUUGUGGUCAUUGUUCGAUGUUUGGCUAUCCUGACUCCUAUCUUUGGUCUAACAUGGGGAUUUGGGAUUGGAACCAUGGUGUCACCUAACAUCGGAGUUCAUGUGGUCUUUACAAUCCUCAAUUCAUUCCAGGGAUUCUUUGUUCUGGUGUUUGGGACCCUUUUAGACAGUAAGGUCCGUGAUGCACUGGCUGGAAAGCUGUCAUUGAAGAACCUCAGUUCAACUCCUACUAGGAGCACUAAUGGAGGAAUACCAUCCUCAAGUGGACUGGGUUUCUUUGAAAGACUUCGCAAGAGAAAUGUGUACAACACGUCUAAUCCCAGCGCAGCUCGAUCUGCUAACAGCAACGGUGCUUCAGAGAGCAUGAAUCCCUAAUUUAACCACAUUAUUCACUUCAGCUAACAUCAAGUUACAAAAACAUGUAGUCUGUUACGCAUAAAGUAAAUAUUAACUGUCUGUUACUAUUUCUGGGUAAAUUGUUUUCAUGUUCUGAGAUGAGUGAUGUAAAAUUAGGUUUAUUUUGUGGACUGUGUAUUUUAAUAACACAUUUCUGGGAGGUUAUAGUGAAUUUUUUUAAGGCAGGUUUAUUUUUCUAAUUUUCAACUCCUUUUCAAUGUAGCCACAUACAUUAAAGCCAUAGCAAGUUAACAACAACAAAACUAUUGAAGAGUUCCAUCAUUUGGGACAAAGUCAAAAGACCCAAGUUAUUAAAAGAGUAAGUUAUCAUAAUGGAAAGGGCCAUUGCUGUUUAUUAUUUUAAAAACUGAAUUGUGUACAUUUUGAAUGCAAGGAAAAAUUUGUAUAUAUAUAAACAUUUUAUUAAUUGAAUUAAAAUAAAGGUUUAAAAGUUUUAAUAAUA